GGUGUCAGCUCUGAACCGAGCUUCCUGAGAGAGAGAAGAGACGAGAAGAGAUAGAGAGAGGGAGGGAGAGGGAGACGGUGGAAACGUGAUCCUUGAGGUCUCUUGGAGCAACAAUUUGCUUUGCAUGAAGCGUUGAACUCGGCGCUCUGUGGAAACGAUCGAGUCAUCCUCAACGACGGCGAAGACUUUGAUUCGGAGCUUUCUGAGAGCAGGAGCCUCAACUUUCAGAUAGCGUCGAUCGUCAUGAGCACCCCCGUAGGAACUCUCUAAAAGAAAUGCUGAUGAAUAGGAAGAGAAAAGUUGUUUCUUGCUAGGGGGCGAGAGAGAGAGAGAGAGAGAGAGACGACGUUCAGUCGGUUGAAGAAAGUGGCCGAUAGAGAAGUAGGAAGCGCGUCGCCUCGCGUUAGAUUUAGCAGUGUCCGCGGGAAGGAGGCGCCAUGCCUCUGGUGCGGUUCGAGGCGAAAAAUGAGUACGGGCUGGGAGACCCUCUGCUUUACAGAGAAGCGGAGAAGGACGGACCGAAGGCACUCCUCGAAGGCGUCGCCAUCGCUGGACUCGUCGGGAUUAUCCGGCAGCUGGGCGAUCUCUCGGAUUUUGCAGCUGAGAUUUUUCAUGAUUUACAUGAACAAGUGAUCGCUACUGCUGAAAGAGGCCAAGAUAUAAUGCUUCGUAUCCAACAGAUUGAGGCAGAGCUUCCUUCUCUUGAGACAGCUGCUUUAGCUCAGACAAGUCACAUUCAUUUUGCUUACAAUCCAGGUUCUGAUUGGCAUGCUACUGUUCGAACAGAAGAAAAUCAUCUUACUCGUGGUGAUCUGCCUGGGUUUAUCAUGGAUGCUUAUGAAGAGUCCCGUGGUCCACCUCGUCUAUUCUUGCUUGACAAGUUUGAUGUUGCUGGUACUGGUGCCUGUUUAAAGAGAUAUUCAGAUCCAUCUUUCUUUAAGAUGGAAUGGGCCACGUCAGAACUACUUAAAGCAGAGAAGUUUAAGCAAGAGAGGAAAAUCCUGAGGAAAAAAUCAAGAAAACGGAGAAGUGUAGAAGCACUAGACGCCGGCUCUCUGUCUGGGGCUCAUACCAGUGAUCAAAAUCCCAGCGGUGAGAAUAUCUCAACUGUUAUGAAAUCCAAGUCCAGUAGCACAUCCCAGCUACUAAGCUCAAGCACCAAGAUAAGCUAUAUGGAGCCUUUGCUUGACAUAAAUGUUCCAUCUGAAUGCGCGAAAGUAGAAACAGUUUUCUUAGAUACAGCAAUUACAGACUCGCAGUGCAUUAAUGUUGUGACCUCUGUUAUUUCUGAACAUCAAGCUAAACCAGACAUAGACAAUGAAUUUCUGUGUGAGUCAUCCCAUAGGGGAAAAAUUCCUGAAUCAGCACCUUUCAUUGGAGCUGAGAAUAUUGAACUUAUCAGUGCUCAAAAUAAUUCUGGCUUCCAUGUUGUCGAGGACGAGAAUCAAGCUACAGCAGCUGUGACAGAAGGUUUUUCUGAAUUUCAUGUGGAGCAGACCGCAUCUACACCUAGCAAUGUGGCUCAACAUACAGUUUUGGUUGAUGAAAAUAAACCAGUGUCCUCUUCUGGUGAAAGCCAGGAUAAUGAAGUAGCUAGUGAGCUAGACAGUUAUGCGGAUGCACUUAACUCCAUGGAAUCAGAAGUUGAAACAGACUCAGAGAAUAGACUUAUGGAGGAAAUGGAGUUCCAACAUGCUGAUAAAGAACCAGAGGUGACAUCAGGAAAAAAGCAGAAGGAGCUCCCGCCCUGCACUUCAAACUGCUCUGAUCUUGAAACUGAAACAGACUCAGAGAAUAGACUUAUGGAGGAAAUGGAGUUCCAACAUGAUGAUAAAGAACCAGAGGUGAAAUCAGGAAAAAAGCAGAAAGAGCUCCCGCCCUGCACUUCAAACUGCUCUGAUCUUGAAACUGGCAGUGGUCCAUCUGAAAGUUCCUCUCAGGUUGACCUUGAAGACUAUAAUGUUCCAGGAAGUGCAGUCCUUACUGUGUUCGAAAGUGAAGCCUGCACAUCUCCUAAUGAUGAAACAGCAAAAGAAAUCAUUUGCAGUUCUAUAGAGAAUAAUAAUGUGGCUUGUCCUGUUAUCCUUGAUGAACAAUUUCCGGUAGGUAACAGUCAUGAAUCGGUUCCAGGUAAGUUCUGUCAUGCGACUUCUGCAUACUCAUGCCCAAGUGAUGGCCUAUUGGGGGUUGAACCACCAGAGCAUUUGGAUUUCAUUCCAGGAGACGGUUGCAAGACACAGGGACACCCAUCAGUUCCCAUUAUUGUUCAGUCAUUUACUACUGAUGGUCCUGUGGUUCAAGAAAAGAAGCCUAAACCUGGAACAGUGCUAAAUAUGCCACCUGAGAAUGUGAUCCCUACUGAUGUUAGUGACUUGAAUCCCAACAAGGUGGGUCAAGAAAAAACUCUCCUUGUUGAGUCAUUUGAGUUUCAAAUACAACAUGUAAAACAAUAUGAAGAAUUUUCAAAGGAAAAUUCUAUGGACUUGACCAUACUUGAAUCAUCAAUGGAGUUUGAUAAUUAUAAUAAAAUAAAUGAAGAGAAGGUACGUGAGGCUGAUGUUUUGCCCUGUGACCGUGAACUGCCAUCACCUUCCAAAGUGGGGGUCCAAUCUGAUGUAUCCAUUUCUGAAGAUGGGUGUCUAGACAAUGGUUUUGAGAAGGAAAAAGCAGCCAGCAAACAGCUAUCCAACAAGUCAAGUGACAUCAACAAUUGCGAAAACUUGUCGGAUGAAGCUGGUCGAGAAGACACUCCGAAAGAACAGGAAGCUGGAGGACUUGUUCAGUCUGCAUUUGCAGACAUGGAUUCCAGAUCUGUUUUUCUUGAACAACCUAGUUCUGAACCAGAAUCCCCAAGACAUUCUCCUUCUUCUAGAUCACAUCACUCUGACUGUUCAUCUCCACCAUUAGAGCAUAUGAAGAUAUCUUUUCAUCCCAUAAACGACAUGGAUGCUUCCACACUAAAUGUGGAUUGUCCUGAUGAGCACAAUUUCGAUGAAAGUGUUAGAGAUGCCUUCGACUCAUCUUUUCAUCAUAUUCCUGAGUGUAUGAUUCCUUUAGGUGAAAUUGAUAAGAGAGGAUCUACUGAUGAACUUAGUUUCAUUCCAUGUAAUUGGAGUAUGCACUCCAUUUCUAUGUUUGAAGAACCAGUAACACCAAAAGAAGUAGACAGCGAAAUUUAUUCAGAUGAUGAUGCAUCCUGCAAGCCAUCUCUCAAUUUCUCAGAGGAUAUGCUUAGUCAGGGUUCGGAACCAAAUUCAGAACAGUGGGAAUGCAGCAAACUAAAUGGACAAAAAGAUGCACUAUGUGACAGUUUGCAUAUAGUAUCCCCAUCCAAUUCUUUUUCUAGUUCUUUGGGAAUGGAGAAAGCAAGUAAUCACCCUACAGAUUGCCCUUGUGAGACUAAGGAUGCAGGAACUCUCAACUGUUCGAGGUCAAGAACAAGCUCGACAGCUGGAUCAGUAGAUCUUUUAGCUUCUGGACUUCAGAUUUCACAGAUGAAUUUGCAAGAGAAAGAGUCAAACCCAAAUCAAAAAUUGGGUUCUGUCUCACCUAAGACUGCUGUGAUACCACCAGUUCCUCCCCCUCCACCACAAUGGGGUUACAGAAAAUCCUUAAUCCCUGCAGUACAAGGUCAAAAAUCCCAUCAGACAGUUUCGACUCGUCAACCAACAGAUGUGCAAACACUGGAACACGUAUCCACUGAUCAAUUGAAGCCUUCUGUGCCAUUGUCACCAAAAGAGUCAAUUGCUUCUCAUGAUAUCAUUAUACGGAAACCUAAAACACUCAAUAGGAGUCCACAAAUCCAGCAGCAGAGUGGUCGUGAGUUGUUGCUUGAACAAAUACGGACCAAGUCAUUCAGCUUGAGGCGCACAGUCACCACCAGGUCUAGCCUCUUUGUGCCAAGACCAGCCACAAACAUCAAUGUUGCUGCUAUUCUGGAGAAGGCAAAUGCGAUCCGCCAGGCUUUUGCUGGUAGCGACAAUGAAAGUGACGAUGAUGCAAACUGGAGUGAUGACUGAAUUUCGUGUAAGUGGUGGUAACAUAUGUGGGUUCUCUUCAUGAGGCUAUGAGUGACCUUGCGUGGGCAGUGAUUUCCUUGCAAAUCAAGCUGCCAUAUCUCGUGCCCACACCACACCUUGGUCAACUAUUCAAGUGCCCCUCAGCCAAAUGAUCCUGACUCAGCCACUGGCUAUGAGGACCAUAGCUUCAAAGGAUUCCCUUGAUAUGUUAGCCGCAUCUCUUGUCAAUAUGUGAAUAGGUCCCUUCUGUUGUAUCAGUUUGUUGCAGUCCCAUCACCCAUGAGCGUGAUGGCCCUCAUUUAGCAUUUGAUAUCGACCAAGAAUCUGCACAUGAACAAGUUAUUCUAGUUCCUAAGUUCAGCCGAUUCUUUUCCA